UGUGUGAACUGCUUCACAUUGCCCCGAUAUGUGUGCAAAUCUUACUCUCAUUGGCAGGAAUAUUUUAUGAUGGUGACACCCAGGUCCACUCGGCCUUCAAAAUGGUAGGUGAAAGGGACAGAUAAAUAGAGCCUGCAGGUCACACACACACACACACACACACACACACACACACACACGGUCAGUGUGCCAGCAAGCAGCACUGAGGACUUCCGAGCUUCUAUCGAGGCACCCUGUCUGACAACCUAGAGACUGGAAUAACUCAAAAGACACCAUGAGACUGGUUCUUCCAAACCCUGGACUGGAGGACAGGAUCACCUCUCAUCAGGACCUGGAGAAGAUGGAGAAGGAGGAGGCAGGGGACAGGCCCAAGUGGGACAACAAAGCCCAGUAUCUGCUCACCUGUGUGGGCUUCUGUGUGGGGCUUGGCAACGUCUGGAGGUUUCCUUACCUGUGUCAAAGCCACGGAGGAGGUGCUUUUAUGAUCCCUUUUAUUAUCCUAGUCAUCUUGGAGGGGAUCCCACUGUUGUACCUGGAGUUUGCCAUUGGCCAACGCCUUAGAAAGGGCAGUGUAGGGGUUUGGACUGCAAUUCACCCCUACUUGACUGGAGUUGGUAUUGCGUCCAUGUCUGUCUCAUUCUUAGUGGGCAUGUACUACAACACCAUCAUCGCCUGGGUGAUGUGGUACUUCUUCAACUCCUUCCAGAGUCCACUGCCAUGGAGCCACUGUCCUCUCAAUGCUAAUCUCACAGAUCUGGUAUCAGAGUGCAAACGCAGCUCUCCAGUGGACUACUUCUGGUACAGAGAAACACUGAACACCUCAGAGGCUAUUGAAGACACUGGAGGUCUGCAGUGGCGGAUGGUGCUGUGUUUGGCUGCUGCCUGGAUUGUGCUCUAUAUUUGCUGCAUAAGAGGCAUUGAGACCACAGGCAAAGCUGUGUACAUCACCUCCACUCUGCCAUACCUCGUCCUCACCAUCUUCCUCAUCAGAGGACUGACUCUGAAAGGAUCCGUAGAUGGAAUCAAGUUCCUCUUCACACCAGAUCUAGAUGAGUUGGUGAACCCAGCAACGUGGUUGGAUGCAGGAGCCCAAGUGUUUUAUUCAUUCUCCCUGGCCUUUGGAGGUCUCAUCUCUUUCUCCAGCUACAACCCUGUUCACAACAAUUGUGAACAAGAUGCUGUUAUCAUCUCCAUUAUUAAUGGCUGUACUUCUAUCUUUGCUGCCACUGUCAUCUACUCCAUCAUUGGCUUCCGGGCAACAGAGCAGUUUGAUGCCUGCCUUAAUGAAAACAUUUUGAUGCUGCUGAAUGUAUUCGAUCUGUCUGAGGGGUCCAUCACACACAGCAACUAUGAUGAAAUGCUGCGAAAGCUCAACAGCACGAUAUCAGGGUUAGAGGUCAUUCAGGGGCUGGACCUCAACACCUGCAGCCUGCAGACUUUUCUAAGUGAUGGAGUGGAGGGAACAGGUCUGGCUUUUAUUGUGUUCACAGAGGCCAUCACAAAGAUGCCUCUUUCUCCCCUCUGGUCUGUCCUCUUUUUCAUCAUGCUUUUCUGUCUCGGCCUCUCCACCAUGUUUGGAGCUAUAGAGGGAACUGUGGUUCCCCUGCAGGACUUAAAUGUCUUUCCUAAGAAGUUUCCUAAAGAGGCGCUCACAGGAAUCGUAUGCCUCACUGCCUUCUUGAUUGCGCUCAUCUUUACUCUGCGGUCUGGGAGUUACUGGUUAGCACUCUUUGAUGGCUAUGCAGGCUCUGUCCCUCUGCUCAUUAUUGCCUUCUGUGAGAUGAUGGCUGUAGCCUACCUGUAUGGAAUGGAUAGGUUUAACAGAGAUGUUGAGUUCAUGAUUGGACACAAACCCAACAUCUUCUGGCAGGCCACAUGGAGAGUGGUCAGCCCUUUGAUUGUCUUUGUCAUCUUUGUGUUUUACUUUGCCACCAAAGUCAGUGCCGAGCUGACAUACAUCACCUGGAAUCCAAGCUCGGAAAACUUCCCAGUGUUGGAGGCAAUACCGUAUCCCAGCUGGGUCUAUGCUAUCAUCUUCCUUCUUGCUGGAGUUCCCAGUCUUUUGAUCCCUGCAUCUGCUUUGUACAAAUUAUUCCGACGCUGCUGCAAGAAAGAUUGACAAGAACAUUACACUGUUGCUUGACAGAUGUGAUCCCAUGUUUUUUCAAAAAGAGGCCUGUGCAAUAAGGAUUGUUUUUAGGGUUUGGUUUGCUUUACUUUGUUGAAAUUUGGUUUGUUGAAGUGAUUUAAUUUUAAGAUAUAUGUGUGCUGAGAUAUCUUUAUUGUGUUGACAGUGUGUUGAUAAAAGGAUGAGGAAUCAAUGUAGAUAUUUAUAAGGAUUGUUAUAAAUGCAUUAUCAGUGAAAAGCACAAUAAAUGGUGUGAAAUAUUCUACACUGA